GGCUGAUGUGUUGUUCGGCAUGAUGGACUUUGUUUUUUGGUUCUGUGCUGACGCAUGCUGACGCUCUUCGACCACAGCGGCUCGACGGCAGCUGCAAAAUAGACAGAGGACCUGUUCUACUCGCACAUGACCAGUGGGUGAGGGGUGUGCUAUCGCUGGAGUUCUUAAAUUUAAAAAAAAACAUAAUUUGCUGCUUGAGAAGAUUCGGUGAUUUGGGGCUCAGAAGAUACGAACCCGUUACUAACCCAUAUCAAUCAUCCACUGCUGCUAUCUGCUGCUCGCAAUAGGAUAGACCCAAGAAACAUACAUUUUUCCAAGUCCACCAGCCUUCUGCACCAGUCGUUCUGAACCGCCGCGGCCCUCCGCAGCCAUCGGCCCACCGCCCAUCGGACGAUCGCCUCGUGGAUCGGACAGCCCGAUGACGUUCGACGUGGUCGUGCUGGGCGCGACGGGCUUCACCGGGCGCUUGGCCUGCGAAUAUUUGGCUCAGCGGGCCCAAAAAGGUGAUGUAAAGCCGGUGAGCUGGGCGAUGGCUGGGCGUGAUCUACAGAAGCUGGAGGGCAUCAAAGGAGAAUUGCCCGAGGUUGCCAAAGAGGUUCCCCUCUUGAAGGUGGAUGUGAAGAAGAUAGAAGAGCUGAAGGAGAUCGCCAAGAAGGCCAAAGUGAUCUUGAACUUCGCUGGCUCACCCUAUGCAGACAAGGCCCUGCCAGUGGUCGAAGCUUGCGCUUCCAAUGGGUGCUGCUAUGUCGACAUCACGGGAGAGGCGCCCUUCGCGAAGACCUCGGCCGAGCUCUACGACGCCAAGGCCAAGGAGACCAAGUCCUUGAUUCUGCACAUGUGCGGCUUUGACAGCAUCCCCUGCGACAUCGCAGCCUUCAUGGUGGCCAAAGAGAUGCGAAAACGCUAUGGCAUGGGCUGCAGUAAGAUCCGUGCGGCGGUGUUGAAGACCAGUGUUGGUGUCAGUGGAGGUACCAUCUACAGUGGCAUUCAUAUGCUUACCACAGACCAAGAGAACGCUGAAGCUUGGAAGGACCCUUAUGGCAUGGACCCCCCCGGCGGUUUGCGCGGCCCGGACCGCUGCGACGGGGGCGACACAAACCUGCCACGCUGGGAUGAGCUGAACGAGCGCUGGGUGAUGAUGAGCCCGCUCUCGAACCCUAGUGUUCGCACUGUGCGGCGGAGCAACGCCCUGAUGGGCUACGAGUACGGCCAAGGGCUAAGCUAUGGUGAAGGGAUGGCAGUCCCAGGACCUGUCAGUGGCUGGCUGGGCACAACUGCCAUGGGCAUGGUGGUUCUGAGCCUGGCACUCUUCCCCACGCGCUGGGCCUUGCAACGCUGGGUGCUGCCGGCGCCGGGGCAGGGGCCUUCACGAAAGACUUUGGAGGAAGGCUAUUUCACGGUUCGAACGGUGGGCCGUGGUGAAAAAGAGGUGGAUGGCAAGAAUCCCACGGUGGCGGCGCAGGUGCAGAGUGGCUCUGGGGGCGACCCGGGCUACAAAUGCACCGCGCUGAUGGCGGUCGAAAGCGCCUUAUGCUGCGCGUUGCAGCGCUCUGCCUGCGCUGAGGGUGGUGUGCAUACGCCGGCCAGCGGCUUGGGGCAAACCUUAGUGGAUCGCCUGAACGACGCAGGGAUGAAGCUCUUCGUCGAGCCAUGAGCUGAACUAGCUGUCAGGCAAGGCGGAGGGUCGAAGUUCUUUGGCUUGCUCUUGCAAACUGGCAGGUUGACGCGGUUCGGUCGUGCUUUUUGAAAAGCUUGCCUUCACAAAGUGUUGAAACUGUCGUUUCAGAAUGUGAAAUGUUCAAAGCAGCAUGGCUUCAGCUUGACCUUGACACCCUUAUGGAUCCAAAGCUUGUGGCCAGUGAGAUCGUCUUUGGUGGUCCAUGUUGCGGGGCCAGGUGGGCUCCAAUUUUCGCCUCGACAGAACGAGGCCCUUUGUUGUACAGUCCACUCCGCACCACAGCAGAGUGCGGGUGAAGCAGUGUGGAGCGGUUGGAGGUCAACAGGAUGUGCUGAUCCACUCAUGCUUGAC